GCCCAAGCGUCAGGUGAUUAAUGAGGAAUAUUUGACAAUCACCCAAGUGUGUGACGUAGUUUAGAUUGCCUUGCCGGUCUUUGCCACCCCUUUGUUUCUCAACUAUCCGGUUCAUGACAACCUUUAGUUUACCUUUGAGGGCCUGAGGCUGGCAUAGAAUGCACGUAGCUAUUUAAUCUAUAGUAUGAGGCCUUAUAUUUCCAUCAUGGGCCUCUUAACUUGUCCAUGACCAACCUGCGUUUAUUCCCCCACGCUCACGCCCUAAUUUUACCUCGACAUUCGUCCGCUUCUUUCGUAGUUUCAGGGCCAUUCUCAGUUCUUCUGAUCCAACUCCUGAUCCAAAAUGGCAUCGUCCCAGCAAAGUGAGAUGUUGCAAGGCCAUUUUCGGAAAUGCGUUAGCGGUUCUCACAUUCUCCAUUUCCAUCAAGUCGUCGAUGCAUAUGGCCAUCUGUCAUUUCGCCACCCGUCUCGUGCGGACACAUUCUUCAUGUCUCGAAAUAUCGCGCCAGCCCAGGUGAGCUAUUCCGAAGAUCUGAUCGAGUACAAUAUCGAAGACGCAGAGCCCUUGGAUCCGAAUUGUCCCCAAGGCUUUGCAGAGAGACGGAUUCACUCGGAGAUUUACAGGCGACAUCCCGAGAUAAACGCCGUGAUACACAGCCAUUCUGAAGCUGUGGUCCCCUACACCAUCUCGGGCGUUCCCCUCAAAGCCGUCAGCCACAUGUGCGGGUUCCUCGGUCCCGACGGCCUCCCAGUCUUCGACGCUGCCGACCACAUGGAGGAAGGCGACGUCCCCGAUCUAUUAGUGCGCACGAAGAACAUGGGCGCCGCGCUAGCAAAACAUUUUGACGGCGGCAACAACGUGACGUUGAUGCGCGGGCAUGGGUUCACAGUCGUGGCAGACAGCAUUGAGCUGGCUGUGAUGCGGGCGGUCUAUACACAGAAGAAUGCUAGUAUCCAAACGACAGCUUUGAUGCUCCAAGGGGCGACAGGAACCACAGGUGGUAUAAAGCAUUUAAGCAAAGAAGAGUGCGGUGGAUCCGAUCGUACUACGAGAUGGUCAAUGCUGCGACCUUGGAACUUGUGGGUAAGAGAGGUUGAAGAUAGCUCACUGUACAUCAACGCCUGUGAUGAACCGCGGCGUCUUUACAUUUAUGAAGAGAAGUAGUUGAUUUUCCUAAGUCUAAGUACGAGAGAAAUAUCGCC